GAGUGGAGUCGGGACCUGUUAAGUGCUGAUCUGCUUGUGCUUCGGACCAUGGACUCAUUGAGGGCGUCCCAGGUGUGAAAAUGUCCAGCAGUAACCGGGAGUUAGUGAUUGACUUUGUUUCCUACAAGCUCUCGCAGAAGGGAUACAGCUGGAAUCAGCUGGAGGAGGAGGAUGAGAACAGGACUGACUUUGCAGCGGAGGAGGCCGAGAUGGACGGCGUCCUCAGUGGGACCCCCUCCUGGCAUCCACCCGCCAGCCACGUAGUGAACGGAGCUGCCGUGCACCGGAGCAGCCUCAAAGUCCAUGAAAUCGUUCAAGCAGCCGAUGUGAGGCAGGCGCUGAGAGAGGCGGGGGAUGAGUUUGAGUUGAGGUACCAGUGGGCUUUCAGCGACCUCACUUCCCAGCUCCACAUCACCCCCGGCAUGGCAUAUCAGAGUUUUGAGGAGGUAGUGAACGAACUCUUCCGUGAUGGAGUGAACUGGGGUCGCAUC